AUGACGUCAUGGCUUGUAUAUCCAUCGUCACCAUCGGGUAAUGGUCGUCUUAUUGAGCUUGCCGGUAUUGAUUUGUGGAUUUGUGCACGCAUCGAUAAUGCAUUUGUUUAUCCAUCUGAGUUGGAUGUUAAUCGAUUCAAAGAUGCACUUAGUCGUACUCUCGCAAUAUGGCCUUUAGUGUGCGGUCGUUUCCUCGUAUUCGAAAAUGGACGAUAUGUGAUCGAAAUGUCUGACAAUCCCAUUCCGGUAAACUAUGCUGAAAACCAUGAACUGACUAAAUGGCCAAAUGACAUGAAUAUUGUUCUUAAACUUAAUAAAAAUUCACUUACCACAUUUAUUGAUGAAGUACAAACUAUGAAACUGAUAUCCGGUUCACGAGAAGAACCACUCGUUUAUUUCAAACUAACUCGUAUCGUACAAAGUGGUGAAUGGGUAUUAGGAGUAAGUUGGGAGCACUUACUUGGUGAUGCUGCAUCUUGCUUACAUUUUCUAAACACUUUAUCACGUAUCUAUCAACAAUUGACACCACUCGAACCGGUACCUGUAUUCGAAAGACGUCUAUGGCGACAAGAUGAAGCAGAUCAAUCUCUCUUACCUGUAAUGAAGCAGUUACGUGAUGCUUUAGCACUAAAAGAUAUGUUAAAAAAAUUUAUGGGCAUACAAGAAAAGUACGACCAAGUGAAUUUACAUUUCUCAGGCGAGCAGUUAAUCAAAUUACGUGAAUUAGCUGGUGGAAAUAAUAUAACUAUUAAUGACUCGCUCAUAGCAUACAUUAUUGUCACACUCAACACAUAUUGUUAUGAAAAUGAUGAUCAACAUCUUAUUUUACGUACAAAUAUCACUGUUAACUAUCGUGGGGUUUUGGAUUCGAUUGCUCCAGUCGGACAAAUUUCGAAUGCUAUUUUCAUGAUGCUUUCUGAUAAUUUUGAUGAUCCAUUUUCAUUAUCAAGCGUUUCCAAAACUAUUCGUUUUUCAAUUAUUCGAUCACGUGAUCCGAUAUUUCUCGCGUCAUGGCUUGCCACUGCUGAUGGAUUAAUGAAAAGCAUAACUCGUAAUAAUCUAACACCGAAUGUAGGGUAUUUCGCCAAUGAAGUGACCGUGAAUUCGAAUUUUCGAUAUGAUUGGGUUGAUCUAGUCGAUUUUGGUUACAAAGAUAAGUGUCGAGUAUUUACAGCAUGGACUGGUCCUUUAUAUUUUCGUGUAUUUCGAUUAAAUCCAGUAGAAGAUGGUUACGGAGGUUUCAAACGUGAUCAACAUGGAGCCGAAGUUGCUUUUCUAAUAGAAAAAGACAAGAGAGAUGUAUUUCUUCGUGCAUGGCAGAAAGAUAUUGUUGAGAAUUUUGUAAAUGUCAAAAAAUAA